CUCAUAUCUAUUUCUCAUCUCUCAUCUCUCUCUAUCUCUCUCUUUCUCUCUCUCCUUCAAGAUUGAUGUCCUUGUCUCCUUCCAUUCCAUGGCAAAACCUCGUCUGCCCAAGAAAACGUUAGACUCCUACACCAUCAAAGGCACCAACAAGAUCAUCAGAGCCGGAGACUGCGUCCUGAUGCGAGCCUCCGACCCAUCUAAGCCCCCCUACGUGGCGAAGAUCGAAAAGAUCGAGUCCAACGGCCGGGGCAGCAACGUGCAGGUCCGAGUCCGGUGGUACUACCGGCCUGAGGAGUCGAUCGGAGGCCGUCGCCAGUUCCAUGGUGCCAAGGAGGUUUUCCUCUCCGACCACUACGAUACGCAGAGUGCCGACACAAUUGAGGGCAAGUGCAUCGUCCACACCUUCAAGAGCUACACCAAGCUAGAUGCCGUUGGGAAUGAGGAUUUCUUCUGUCGCUUCGAGUAUAAAUCCUCCACCGGAGGAUUCAACCCUGAUAGAGUUGCUGUCUACUGCAAAUGUGAGAUGCCUUACAAUCCUGAUGAUCUAAUGGUCCAGUGUGAGGGUUGCAAUGAUUGGUUUCAUCCUCCUUGUAUAAAUAUGACCGUCGAGGAAGCAAAAAGGCUUGAGCACUUUUUCUGUCAUAUUUGCGCUGCUGAUGAUGAAAAGAAGACACAAAAUUCACACUCAGUCUCCAGACACUCAGAGCUUAAGAUGGACGGCAAACGCCGAAGGAGGUAAUACACCAAAGGUAGGAAUAUCUGAUCAUCCUUGGAGGCUAAGCAACAUAAUUCAAGAUGGCAGCAUUGAGCAAAGAGGCUUAAACCUGCAUCGAGGAGCUGCGCAUGGACUGGAUUGUGCAGGUUCGUAUUUCAGGUGUGUACAUUGUGUUCCCGUGGCAAUGUUUUUCAGGUCAAGGGGGUGCCUUCUUGGGUUUGUACAUAGUGUGUUGGCUUUCUCUUCUAGUUGAAGGGGUCUUGGUUUCAUGAUACCACCUCCUUAAGGCCGUCUCAACUCUCAAAGCUAGAAUAUUUAUGAAAUAGAUGGCCUUUAGUUCCAAUAUAAGCAUACUUGGAAUGUAACCCUUGUUGAGCAAUGAAACGAAUUCUUAUUUACUAAA